AUGGCCGAAAGCACUGUUUUGGAGUGCGUUAAGGAGUUUGCAAGAACUGUCAUUGCCGUGUUCGAGGAAGAGUACCUACGACCACCUAAAGAGGCUGAGUUGAAGCGGAUUCUUGAAGAAAAUAAAGUUAGAGGUUUUCCCGGGAUGAUUGGAAGUAUCGAUUGCAUGCAUUGGGAGUGGGGAUCUUGUCCGGUAGGCUGGCAUGGCCAAUACAUUGGAAGGAAGGGUCGACCGAUUGUUGUUCUUGAGGCUAUUGCAACCAAGGACUUGCGAGUUUGGCAUGCAUUUUUCGGAAUGCCCGGGUCUUGCAACGAUCUCAAUGUUUUGGACCGCUCCCCUGUAUUUGAUGAUCUUGCCAAUGGAAGAACUGACAAAGUUGAAUUUUCAGUGAACAACCAUAAUUACGACAUGGGGUAUUACCUCGCGGACAAGAUAUAUCUCGAUUGGGUGACCUUUGUGAAAACCAAGAGUGAAGCUAUCAGUCCCAAGGACAAGACAUUUGCCGAGGCCCAAGAAGCUGCAUGA